CACGCACUCUCCUCUCUCCUCUCGCCCUCUCUCUCCUCUGCCUCACUACUACCCACCAGCCACAGCAGCUAUGGUACAGAACAAGGCUUUCAUCUUUGCAAACCCGCCUCAAGGCUGGCCUGUGCCGGGAAAGGACAUCAAGACAGAGAGCAGCGACUUCGAUGUCGACCAGCAACCACCCCAGGGCGGCUUCACUAUCAAACUCCACUAUGCUUCUUUCGACCCAUACCAGCGAGGACGUAUGAGGGCGGCAGAUGUCAAGUCAUACAGCCCACCUUUCGAUCUGGGCAAGCCCAUCACCAAUGCUGCCAUUGCCACUGUAAUCAAGUCCGACAAUGCCAAGUUCCCGGCGGGGCAAGUUCUCGUCGGUGCCCGUACCUACACACAAGAGUACGCGGCCAUCACUGCCGAGGAGGCUGUGGGCUUCAAAGUGCUAGACAACCCAUACAACCUCGACGUCAAAUACUUUCUCGGCCCAUUAGGCAUGCCCGGCCUCACCGCCUACAGCUCCUUCUACGAGAUCGGGCAGCCGAAGAAGGGCGAAACCAUCUUCAUCUCGGCCGCUUCGGGCGCCGUGGGUCAACUCGUGGGCCAACUCGCCAAGCACGAGGGAUUGAAAGUGAUUGGCUCAGUCGGCAGUGACGACAAAUUAAACUUCAUCACCAAAGACCUCCAGUUCGACGGCGGCUUCAACUACAAGAAAGAGAAGCCGCUCGAUGCGCUCAAACGCCUCGCACCCGAUGGAAUCGACAUCUACUACGAGAAUGUGGGCGGAGAGCAACUCGACGCAGCGCUGAUGCACGCCAACACAUUCGCACGCAUCGUGGCAUGCGGCAUGGUAUCGCAGUACAAUCUCUCGCCCGACCAGGCAUACGGCGUGAAGAGUAUGAUGCAAGUGGUGGCCAAGCGGAUCAAGAUGCAAGGCUUCAUCGUGACAGAUGAGAAUAUGGGGCCACGGUAUAGUGAGGAUCACCAGAAGAAUGUGCAAAAGUGGUUGCACGAGGGCACAUUCAAGGCGAGUAUUCAUGUCACAGAAGGAAUUGAUAAUGCGGCCGAAGGGUUUGUGGGCAUGUUGAAGGGAGAGAAUUUUGGCAAGGCAGUGUUGGAGAUUAGUAAGAUAUAAUGAUCAAGUGGCGAUAACAUGAAUGUGACGAGACUCAAGAGAGACACGAAGAAUGUUCCUCCC